CCUGUCAAGAUCGGAGUCCUCCAGCGGGCAGGGGGCGCUCCAAGCCAGGUUCGCGCCUCUCAGCUUUUCACUGAGCUUGGCAGUUGCUAGGAGACAGAGACGCAGCCCGGGCGUCUGGGGAACCCGCUUUCUUCGCUUGCCCCGGCUGUCUUUUGCCCAAGGACGGAGAUUUUAAGGUCUCACUGUCUCUCAAGGGUAGUUCUGGGAGGCCCCUUUCCGGGGACGUUUUUCUCCUACCCUCUCUAACGCGGGCCGAGGUAGUCUGAAGCUUCUUCCCCAGAUCCAGUUCCCAGCGCAGCCAUGCCUAAGAAAGGGAAAAAAGUGCCCCUAUCCGAUGAAGAGCAGCUGCUUCUUUUUCAACAGAAGUUGUUGGCUGAUGAAGAGAUGGCCAAGAAGAAGGAGAGGCUCCUGAGCCAGUUCUUGAAGGACAAACUGGCCAAGGAGGAGCACAAUAGUGCUCUGAACCUUAAUAAGAUUAACACACAGUGGAGAACCGUCCUUCGAGAAGUCAAGACCAAAGAGCUUCAUAAAGACAUUGAGAUCCUCAGCCAAACAUUUGAACGAGUGGUGGACUGCAAGAACAGUGUCAUCAAGUCUUUAGCUAAGGACCUGUCAGAAGCUGAAGAGCAGUAUGCUCAUGCCCUGCGUAGCCACCUGCACAAUGUUGAUCAGCUCUUGGCCCUGCAGAGGCGCCGGCUCAACCUCCUGGAGGAAAGCUACAAUAUGGAGCUGGAGACCCUAACCAAGGAGUUUGAGACAGAAAGGAAGAUGAUCAUAGACCAACAUGAGAAAGAGAUUCAUUACCUACAAGAUGUCUUCAUGGCCAUGGAGCAGAACUAUAUAGAUACUGAGUAUGAAAGCAAGCUGGAGUUCCAGAGCAUGUGGGAUGAUCUCAAAAACAAGAAUUUAGAAGAGAAGCACUUUCUAAGACUGCAGCUGGAGAACAUCGUGGAAGAUUUGUGGAGACGGUUCCAGGAAGCACUCAAGAAUUACACUGAUGCCACAGAGGAUCGAAAGAUUGCCUUUGAGGCCCUGAAGGUAAAGGAUGAGAAGAGCUCCAAAGAGAUUGAAGCCCAGAUGAAAAAAAUACAGAAACUACAGGAUGCCAUAGGUGUUUUAAAAGGCAAAAUCAUGGUGCACAGCCGUGAGAGUGAAGAACAGAACCAGUAUAUUCGUGAUGACAAGGAGUUGAUCCUUGUACAGUUACGGAAACUUAAGGCCCAAAGGACUCAGGCCCGGGGAGUAUCACAGGAGAACCUGGUCAAGCUCACUCUAGAAAGUAAUGCUACCCUCAAGGCCCUGAAAAAGAUUGUCAAUAAGGGUGAAAAAAUCCUCAAACUUGCUGAAAUAUGUAGGAAAUAUGAAACAGAGGAAGAAAAAGUACUACCUUUUUACUCAUCAAUAUUGACCCCUGAGGAGCAGGCGGAGAUAGUGGAAAAUAACCCAGAAGAGCUUACUGAGGAGCUCGCAAAGGUGAUGAUGGACUACACAGGGAUGGAGAACUUCUGGAAAAGGUACAAUAAAGUGAAACUGGAGCAACUGAGCCUCCAACGCAGACGAACCCAGCUGUUCGAAAUCAACGAGAAGCUGAGGGAGAUGCUCAAGCAGUACCUGGAUGGCAUCUCAGUGAGUGAUGAAGUGCUGAGCCAGCUCAACCCACUCUUCAUUGUCAACCAUCGAAGCAACUUACCCCAGCCCUUGUCCAUACCUAUAGCCCACCCAGGUGGCAAACAACGUCCAACCAGUUACAACAUCAUUGAAGCCGCCCACGUGAUCUCCCAUACCCUGUGAUCCAAGGAGUAAGCCUCU